AUGCCUUGGACUAAGCUGACAUCAUCAGUGAACAGAGCGGAACAUACCUCGGACGAUUUCUUUGGGCGACCGCUUCUUAUUGCUUGGGCCGCGUUGUGUCUUGUGAUUUCAUUUUAUAUAUACUAUUCUGGCAUCGUUAUGGAGGCGUCCUAUUCCAGAAAGUUUGCAUGGAACUUCUCAGUGACCGUAGCUCUAUUUCUGUAUGUUUUCAUAGGAAAACUAGCAAGUUAUUUGUUUGGCACUACAUCCAGGAACUCCACGGCGUUCAUCUUCAAACAAUUUGACUCCAUUUCUCUAGGACUUGCCGCAUUGGGGAUGACUCUAACAAACUACCAUUACGACCAGUCCGGGUAUUUUAGUGAGAUUUAUUUACAAACGGCAGCAAAAAUCCUGGCAGCGAAGUUAGUUAUUGCGUUUUACUGCACUUCUGCUUUCAGUUCGAUAUUUCAAUAUACAUCAUGGUUAGAGAUUACAUGCGCAGUUACCCUGUAUGUUCUCGCUAAUGCACCUGUUGUCUACAAACUUUGUAAUUAUGUCUCAUAUGAAGAGUAUUUUGUCAGUGCGAUUCUUGUGUUUUUGUGCAGUUUAACUCUACUGGUAUACAUAUCUAAUAUCUUUAACAAAAAAUCUGGUUUUCGACAAGGAUGCCCUCUUUGCGAUGUGCUGUUAUUUAUGACCAUGACAGCGCACGUGUAUGCUACAGUUGAUGACUUCUGUCUGAGAUGGAAAAGUAAGUUGUUUGAUUUCAAUGUCGAAAACAAAUUUGUGACUGUAUGGGACACGUGUGCAUUAUCUUCUUGGGUAAUUAUGGCCAUAUUUUGGUUUACAGCAUUUUCUCAAACCAUAUUUGCACCUAGGAUAAAAGGUGUGCAAUUCAAUCCGAAAAUGUCGUCGUUUUUCGGAAUACUUUUAUAUCAUCUGAAGAGAUUUCUAUGCAGCAAUAUAUAUGUACAUAUUCAUUACGCUACAAAUGAAAUAAUAAAUGUAUGAAAA